AUGUACCAUGCCUGCAUCGGCUGGAAGAAGGUGACGCCCGUGCUUGGCAUUCCCAGGGGACACAUCUGGCGGGUGGAGCUUAUCGGCUACGGCAUCAUGAUCGUCAUGGGCCUUGUCUACAUCUCCUUCCCCCUCUAUGUCAUGAGCACCCAGCCGUUUGGAGGCGACAGAGCGGUUGUGGAAACCAAUCCCUAA